UGAUAGAUGGUUCCACUCUAAGAACAGAAGAAAGACAAAGACUGGCCAGGGAACGUAGAGAAGAACGGGAAAAACAACAUGCUGCCAAAGAGUCACAGAUCCUUGAAAAGGAGAGAAAAGCAAAGCUCCAGUAUGAAAAACAGUUAGAAGAAAGGCAGAGAAAGCUAAAGGAACAGAAGCAGAAAGAGGAACAACGGAGGGCAGCAGUAGAAGAAAAGAGAAAACAAAAAAUAGAGGAGGAAAAGGAGAAAUAUGAAGCAGUUAUGCAUCGUACCUUGGAACGGAAUCAGCGGCUGGAAACUCGACAGAAGAGGUGGUCAUGGGGAGGAUCUGUAACUCCAGAUUCAGAGAGCAAAACAGAACAACAGACCGCAGAUGAAGGUGGAACUGGUGCCAGCAAGCGGUCCACCUCCACAGCAAACCUCAAACAGACAGAAGCUGGAGUCAAUAAGCGGUUGUCAUCAUCUGCAGCGCUUUUAAACACUUCUGAUCGAAGUUCCACAAAGAGAAGUGCCUCAUUAAACAGACUGACUAACAAAGUUCCUCUACAUUCUCAGCAGUCAGCAUCCAAAGGUUCGCAGGUGGAACAGAAAGGAGGAACAGAAAAGAAGAGGAGCACAUCUUUGAAUAGAAUGAGUAGUAAACCCCAGUCCUCUCCUGAACUAGAAAAAGUGAAAAAGGAAGAAAAAACAGCUCGUCGCUCCCAGGUCAGUCCUCUGGACAGUAGCGUAAUCAGUCGCCUCCUCGCCCCCACACAGGCUUCCUUAGCUAGGAGUAAAAGUGCUGCUACAUUGUCGACUGAUGGACAAGAUCCCUCAGAAUCUCACCUCUGUCCUCGUUCAGCUUCAGCCAGUUCCAUCAGUUCCCCAGUCCCAGCUCCUAAAGUGCCCAUGCGCAGUCGUAGCAUCGACAGAUUGAAGUCCUCUGUAUCUUCAUCAGAUGCAAGUUCACCAGAUUCAACCCAGAAAUCAGAGACAGAAAAACCGUCCCCAGGUUCUGGGUUAAGACGCCCUCCCUCGCCAUCUGUGUCUGCCCAUAGAAGAUCCCCUUCUCCUGCUAGUUUGGUGAAGCGUCCUCCUUCACCUUCUACGGUUAGACAGAAGACUCGCCCACCUUCACCUAGCGUGUCAAAACAAAGGCCACCAUCUCCUACUCCAGCCUCUAAACCAGCACCCAUCCAACGUCCACCUCUCACUCCAGGUGUUAUAAACAUUACCAAAAAGAAAACUGAAGCAGAGAGCAAACCAAAGGAUAAGAGCACAGAAGGAACAGGACAAGAGCAAGGUGCUUCAUCAGCUUUGGACAGGGAUGCGGUAGCAGCUAGCACAAAGACCAAAGAAG